UUUAGAGCCUGGGCUCUAUAUAAACUCUUUCCAAUUUAAAAUCAUCCGACGGAGAUUCGGCUCUCCGCACCACGGAGUCCUCUUCUCUCUCUUCAUCCCCAAUUCCACUGCUUCUGGCUAUGGCCGCCACUCGGUCCUCGGCUUCUGCUGCUGCUGCCACUUCCGCUGAAAUAGUUGUCGAAGACAUGAAGAGGAAACGGAUUCUGUCCUCUAAACUCUAUUUUGACGUGCCUCCCAACAAAGUUCCUGUCGUUUAUUCACCUUCCUAUGACAUAUCGUUUAUGGGGAUCGAGAAAGUGCACCCGUUUGAUUCUUCAAAAUGGGGACGUAUCUGCCAGUUUCUUGUUGUGGAAGGUUUUUUGGAUAAAAACCGACUUGUAGAACCAUUAGAAGCUUCGAAGGAUGACUUACUAGUGGUGCACACUGAAGAAUAUUUGAAAAGUCUAAGAAGUAGUUUGAAUGUUAGUCUUAUCAUAGAGGUUCCUCCGGUUGCAGUCUUUCCUAAUUGUAUUCUGCAGAUGAAAGUACUUAAACCAUUCCGCAGUCAGGUGGGUGGUACAAUCUUGGCAGGAAAGCUUGCAUUAGAAAGGGGUUGGGCCAUUAAUGUUGGUGGUGGUUUUCAUCACUGUUCAUCAGAUAAAGGUGGCGGAUUUUGUGCAUAUGCAGAUAUAACUCUCUGCGUUGAAUUUGCAUUUACACGUUUAGGUGUUUCACGGGUCAUGAUUAUUGAUCUUGAUGCACAUCAAGGGAAUGGCCAUGAGUGGGACUUUGCUAAUGAUGGAAGAGUUUAUAUUUUCGAUAUGUACAACAGGAACAUUUACCCCCAUGAUUUUGAGGCCAGGAGAUUCAUUGAUCAAAAGGUUGAACUGCAGUCUGGAACCACCACAGAGGAGUACUUGGAAAGGUUAAACAAAGAGCUUCAGGUCGCCCAAUCUGCAUUUGAUCCAGAGUUGGUUAUAUACAAUGCAGGAACUGACAUCCUAGAUGGUGAUCCCUUGGGCAGAUUGAAGGUUAGCCCACAGGGCGUUAUUAUCCGGGAUGAAAAGGUGUUUUGUUUUGCACAAGAAAAGAGAGUACCACUUGUCAUGGUUACUUCAGGUGGGUAUAUGAAGACCAGUGCACGAGUAAUAGCAGAUUCAAUAUCAAAUCUCCAUAAUAAACAUUUGAUAGACUUGGAUGGUACCUUGCAAUAAAGAUAGAAAUAUUUAUAUGCCAUAUUCCCUUUGUGAAUUUGCCCUUUAUUCAUAGAAUAAGUGAACGUAAAGUGACGAUGUCAAAGUAGAACAGUUACUGAGUUUUAAUACUAUGGAUGUUUCCAUAGUCCCUCUAAUUCAUAGUUGUCAAUGAUAAGAAUUGACGUUUUUUUCCUUUUUUUUGUUCAAGUUGAUGAAUCUUGUUUUUUUUUUUUCUUUUUGUUUUUCUGGUAUUCGCGUUUUCUGCUUUUGGAGAGCCUUGGAUUGAGCCGAAUACCACAGUGACCCCUUAAGGUUAGUCAACGAGGUGUGGAACUCGACAAAUGUUGUUAUUAUGAUGCAUUUUAGCACUGUUGUUUUGGAUAUGUAACUUGGUUCCCUGAUCCCUUUAACAUAAGAGUUUUCAGCUA